AUGAAGCUCUAUAGCCCCUCCCUUCUUCCCAUUUUCACCCUUCUUUCAGUCGCAAAGGGUUUCGUCAUCCCCCUCCCCGACAACCUCCAAGCCUUCCUUGGAAUCGACAACGAGAACGUAGACCUCCCCUCCCCCAUCCAAGAUGAAGGCUUCAACCGCCCCUCCUGGUUCACCUCCACCCUGAUGGCCCGUCGUCUCCUUGCCCUCUCCCCCUCCGGUGUGAUCUCCACCACCUUCCCGGGCUCCAUCCCUCCCUCCGCACAUGCCCCUUCCGACGUCGCAGGCCUCUCCAUAGGACUACGGGAAUACAUCGCCGACUGCGACAGCUCACUCCCAGACCCCCUCUCACACAACGACAACGGCGACCCGACCAUCCUCGGUCUCCGCAUCGGCACCACCUUCAAAAACAUCGCCGCAGGCUCCAACCUCAGCCUCCAACUAGACUGGUGGGAUCAUCUCGACGAGGCCGGCCCCGUCUACCCAGGCCUGCCUCUCAGUCCCGCUGCCUUGCCCCGCGUCACUCUCUUCGGGUACUUGGAUACUCUGCCGUCCCCGCUGCCGGACGACGCGGCCGCCGCGCUAGAGACUUGCUUCCUGGGCCCGCAUCCUGAUGCGAAGGUCUGGUUGCCUGGGGCGUCGUACUCGCCGCAUGCGAGCUUCUGGGCUAGACUGGUUGUUACCCAUGCGUAUUGGAUUGGUGGCUUUGGUGACGUCCAGCAGAUCGGGUGGAUGAAUCUGACUGAGUGGCAGGGUAUUAGACCUUAUGGGAGUGUGGAGGGUGUUGGGGAUGGUCGAGGCUGGCAGGAUGUUCGUUUGCCUGGCGAGAAGCAUUAG